CUAACAUCCACUAUUACAGUAGGCACCAUGAUUUCUGCUGGAAUGCCAGCAACACAUCAGGAAGUUGAAAGCAGUGAUGUGAAGAAGAAACCUGGCAGAGCUCAACUUCUGUGUCUAUCGGGUGUUUUGCCUUUCAGGGAUGUAACAACUCUGAUGUAUUUCAUUUUCUGCUUGACUUUCUUUUUAAUGGCAGCAACUUUGCUUCGCAUUAUUUUAUCAAGUCCUCGAUUCUUUGAAGCAUCCCCGGAAAAAGGCUAUUGGGAUACAUUUAUGUUUUACAGGAAAGAAAGUACCAUUGAAUUUUUUACUGAGGAGAUGGAAAUCACAGCACGUUAUAGCUCCCAGCAAUGUGAUAUUUCCACAAAUGAGCGCUUUGACUGUGCUCCACACACACCUAUUACAAAAGAGACAUGUGAAGCUCGUGGAUGCUGUUUUAAUAACCUCACCAAAGGGGUACCAUGUUGUUUCUUUCCUCUUGGUUAUCCCAGUUACAAGAUGGGAGCUGUUACUCCUACAGAGAUGGGACAUACAGCCUUGUUGAAUCGCAGUUCAUCAUCUUUCUACCCAAAAGAUAUCAUGACAGUUCAGCUAGAAGUGAUGUAUGAAACAGAAGGACGACUUCACUUUACCUUGAAGGAUCCAGGAAAUAAAAGAUAUGAGGUACCAAUUAAGGUCCCAAAAGUCAGCAGCCAGCCUGUGUCUAAACUUUAUGAGGUCAAGUUUUCAUCAGAUCCCUUUGGCAUCAUUGUUCUUCGGAAGUCUAAUGGGAGAGUAUUGUUAAACACCACCGUUGCUCCAUUGUUCUUCGCAGAUCAAUUCUUGCAGAUAUCCACUACCUUGCCAUCUCCUUUCAUCUCUGGCUUGGGAGAGCACUUUACCAAACUGAUGCUUGAUAUCAACUGGUCCGAAGUGACCUUUUGGAACAGAGAUGGCCACCCAAGUGCAAAUAAUAAUCUGUAUGGAUCCCACCCAUUCUACCUGGUGAUGGAGGAUGAUGGCUCAGCACAUGGGGUGUUUCUUAUGAACAGCAAUGCAAUGGACGUGGCAUUACAACCGGCUCCUGCACUGACAUGGAGGACUAUUGGUGGAAUCCUUGAUUUCUAUGUUUUUCUUGGUCCUGAACCCAAGAGUGUAAUUCGACAGUACCAUGAUGUUAUCGGGUAUCCUUUCAUGCCUCCGUACUGGGGCCUAGGCUUCCACUUGUGCCGCUUUGGUUACUUCACUACCAACAUAACUCGUAAUGUGGUGAAGAGGAUGGAAGAAGCAAAGAUGCCACUGGAUGUGCAGUGGAAUGAUCUGGAUUACAUGGAUGAGAGAAGGAUUUUCACCUACAAUAAGGAGAACUUCAGUGACUUUCCAGCUAUGGCGGAUGAGUUUCACAAGAAAGGCAUGAGAUAUGUCAUAAUAGUGGAUCCUGCUCUUAGUAGUGAUGGGCCCCCUGGAACAUAUAAGCCAUAUGAUACUGGACUGAAAAGAGGUGUCUUUAUUCUGAAUGAAACUGAUCAGCCCCUGGUUGGGAGGGUCUGGCCUGGUCCAUCUGUAUUCCCAGAUUUUACCAACCCGGAAACACAUCGCUGGUGGUAUGACAUGGUCAAAUCAUUCCACGAUGAAGUGCCUUUUGAUGGAAUGUGGAUUGAUAUGAAUGAACCAUCCAACUUUGAAUCUGGAUCUUUAGAUGGCUGUCCAAAAAAUGAACUGGAAAAUCCUCCCUAUAUCCCAGGUAACCAAAUGUUCUAA